CUUAAUCUUUUCUGAUAAAUCAUUAUUCUUAUUAUUACCGUGACGAUGCAGAGCUUGUGGGUUGUGAUACUGAUCUCUUAACCUCUCUGCAAAGUCCAAUACAAGCUUGCCAACCCAGACUAAGAAAAAAAACUCACAAUGCCACCGACUAUGACCAUGCAGAUGCCCAAAUAUUCCUCAAUUAUUUUGUUUCAUUUAUUUAUUAAAAAUCUUGGUUGAAAAUGCAGAGUAACCACGUUACUAAUCCUGGAAUCGCAUCAUAAACGACUACCCUAGUCAUGUUUCACUCCGUUUGGCAAUUCUCAUCUGGGUUUGGUUAGUAUAGCUACCCUUCCGUGUUGCAAUCCCUUAAUAGAGUCUUCAUUCUGGUUGGUGGGUUUCGCAGGUGGUUUGAUUCCUUACUAUUUAUCAGGAUCUAGCAAGGGUGAUUCAAGCAAUCGCAGAAGCUAAGCAGUAUCUAACUACUACCUUGGUCUUUUAUUAUUCUCUCCAAUGAAAGCUUUGCUGACUCGAACAUUUUUCAUGCGAGCAUGUCAGCAUCAAUGAAGCUUCCUUGAUUUGCAUUCCUGGGCUUUAGAAAAUCUCCUGUGAAAAAGGUUUAAGCUUCUUAAGUUGCAAAUAUGGUAAUGGCAGCAACUGUUAAAGUUGUUUUAGGCUCAAUUGCCUUUGGAAUCUUCUGGGUCCUGGCAGUUUUCCCCGCUGUUCCUGUCCUACCCAUAGGACGGACUGCAGGAGCUCUCUUAGGGGCCAUGCUCAUGGUCAUCUUUGGAGUCAUAACCCCAGAACUGGCUUAUGCAGCAAUUGAUCUCCCAAUCCUAGGCCUUCUCUUUGGGACCAUGGUUGUAAGCGUUUAUCUUGAAAGAGCCGAUAUGUUCAAGUACUUGGGAAAAUUACUCUCUUGGAAGUCUCACGGAGCCAAAGACUUGAUGUGCCGAAUCUGCCUUGUGUCUGCUAUUUCCAGUGCUUUGUUCACCAAUGAUACCAGUUGUGUUGUACUGACUGAGUUUGUACUGAAGAUUGCAAGACAGCACAAUCUCCCACCCCACCCUUUUUUACUAGCCUUGGCCACUAGUGCAAAUAUUGGGUCUUCUACGACUCCAAUCGGCAAUCCCCAGAACUUGGUCAUAGCUGUCCAGAGUGGCAUUUCAUUUGGCCAAUUUUUAUUGGGCAUUCUCCCGGCUAUGCUUUUGGGAGUUACUAUGAAUGCUGUUUUCCUUCUAUGCAUGUAUUGGAAGUUGUUAUCUGUUGAGAAGGAUGAAGAAGAUGUGCCUGUGGAAGUAAUUGCAGAGGAGGAUGUCAUGUCGCAUAGGUUCUCACCUGCUACAAUGUCGCAUCUCACAUCCUUGAAUUCUCAGGAGUUGAACUCCACAAUGGAAUCUUUGACUGUCCGCAGCUCAUCGAAUCUGAAUCGGGAUUCAGGGUAUGUGGAGACUCCUAGAAAUCAGCUAAAUUUGAGCGAAAAUGAAAUAGAAAGCGCCUCAAGUCCAGGGGUUGAGUCCACAAGAAACUCGAAUGCAUCAAAAGAUGCUCUUGGUGCUGAUAGUUCUUCCCAGAGGAGGGAGGAAAGUGUUCCUUCAAGAAGGGUUUUUAGGAGUGUAGCCAAUGGUAUUACUGCAACUCCAAAUGUUCCAGGAGAUGCAUUUUCUUUUCAUUCUUCUGAUGAAAAGGAACUAGGAAAGAGAUGGAAGAGAUUGUUAUGGAAGACGUGUGUUUAUCUUGUUACUAUUGGAAUGCUCAUUUCUCUGCUGAUGGGUCUAAACAUGUCUUGGACAGCAAUCACUGCUGCGCUUGCUCUUGUGGUUCUUGAUUUCAAGGAUGCACGCCCGUGCCUUGAAAAGGUCUCAUAUUCACUUUUGAUCUUCUUUUGUGGGAUGUUUAUCACAGUUGAUGGCUUCAACAAAACUGGAAUACCAAGUGCUAUAUGGGAUUUUAUGGAGCCAUAUGCACAAAUAAAUCAUGCCAGUGGGAUUGCUGUACUUGCCAUAGUCAUACUUGUCCUCUCAAAUUUUGCUUCAAAUGUACCUACUG